AUGGCGGACCAAACUCCUGAUUCCUGGGAGGAGGAACUCUCCAGACAGACCGAGGGCGUUAACCUGAACAACCGGGCUCAGGCGCCUGCCUUCCACCCUGCUGCUGCCAACUUCCAGCCGGGCGCAGCUACCUUCGUUCCUGGUGCUCCCGCUUUUGUACCCGGACAAGCCGCCUAUCAGGGCUAUGGCGGCUUCCCGCAAUACCCCCAGUAUGGCCAGUACGGCGGUUAUCCGCAGCAGCAGUAUGGUCAAUAUGGGGCAGGAGCAUACGCUCAGCAACCCGGUGCCUUUAACCAGGGCUUUAACCAGGGCUUCAACCAGCAGCAGCAACAGUUCCAGCAGCAACCCCAGCAACCCCGUCAAGCCGCUGCCCCAUCUUCGCCAAAACCCUCCAAUGCCGCUCCCCCCAAGGCUAAGGUUCUUUCUAUUGGCGGCGCUGGCUCCUCUUCUUCCGCGUCCGCUCCUAAGACCAAGGUCCUUUCAAUCGGAACUCCGGACACGUCCUCCCAAACGAGCGCUUCGAAAGACGCCAAAGAGUCCAAGGGUGACACCAAGGGUCCUGCGGCUGCGGAUACUGCAGCUAAGGUGAUUUCCAGCAAAGCUGUUGACAAGACGGAUAAGAAAGCGGAAUCGAAAGCUGCUGCCAGUGGCAAGUCGUCUCCUACUCCUUCGUCGGGUCGUUCGAGCCCUAGUCGUGGAGAGUCUGCCAAGGCUGCGCGGGACGCUGCACGGGAUGCCAAUGCUGUUGCUAUGGAACAAAAAGCAGAUGUAGAUGAGGCGACGCUGCAGGAAAUCUACGGUCAAAAGAAGGAGCACGUGAACAUUGUUUUCAUCGGACACGUCGAUGCCGGAAAGUCCACCCUGGGGGGUUCUAUUCUGUAUGUCACUGGAAUGGUCGACGAGCGAACUUUGGAGAAGUACAAGAGGGAUGCUAAGGAGGCUGGACGUGAAACCUGGUACCUCUCCUGGGCUCUGGACUUGAACCCCGAAGAACGAGCCAAGGGUAAGACUGUUGAGGUUGGCCGUGCUCACUUCAAACUCGACAUUCCGUCGCCCGAGGGCACCAUCGAGCGUGACUUCUCUAUUCUUGAUGCUCCCGGUCACAAGGCUUAUGUUCAUCACAUGAUCGGUGGUGCUUCGCAGGCCGAUGUCGGUGUCUUGGUCAUCUCUGCCCGUAAGGGUGAAUAUGAGACCGGUUUCGAAAAGGGAGGUCAAACUCGGGAGCAUGCUCUGCUUGCCAGAAAUACAGGCGUUAAGAAGCUUGUUGUCGCCGUCAACAAGAUGGAUGAUCCCAGUGUCGAGUGGAGUAAGGCUCGUUUCGACGAAUGUACCGUCAAGGUCUCGAAAUUCCUAGAAGCGCUUGGUUACAAGAAGGAUGACCUUACUUUUAUGCCUAUCUCUGCACAGCGCACUUUCGGUAUCAAGGAUCGCGUGGCUAAGGAGCUCGUUCCUUGGUACGACGGUCCUUCGCUCCUUGAAUACCUCGGCAACAUGAAGAUGCCCGAACGGAAGAUCAACGCACCAUUCAUGAUGCCCAUUAGCGCCAAGUACCGUGACAUGGGUACCGUGGUUGAGGGCCGUAUUGAAUCAGGUGUGAUCAAGAAGAACAGCAGCUGCAUCAUGAUGCCCAACCGCACUAAGAUUGAUGUUGCCGCCCUUUACGGUGAAACUGAAGACGAGAUCACGACAGGCACUUGUGGUGACCAGGUCCGUAUGCGUCUUCGUGGCGUGGAAGAAGAUGAUAUUUUGCCUGGUUUCGUCCUCUGCUCUCCGAAGCGUCCCGUGCACACCGUUGCUGCCUUCGAAGCCAAGAUCAGGAUCCUCGAACUCAAGAGCAUCCUCACUGCUGGUUACAACUGCGUUAUACACAUUCACUCUGCUGUUGAAGAGGUUACCAUUUCGCAGCUCCUGCAUAAGUGUGAACCUGGUACCGGCCGGAAGAGCAAACGUCCACCACCGUUCGCCAGCAAGGGCCAAACCAUCAUUGCUCGCAUCGAAGUUACCAGCACUGCUGGUGCUGUCUGUGCUGAACGAUUCGAGGACUACAACCAAAUGGGACGGUUUACCCUUCGUGACCAGGGACAAACCGUUGCAAUUGGUAUGAUCACCAAGCUCAUCGCUAAUGAGGACAAAUAA